AUGGUGUCAUCACUGGUAGCAGCCAGAGAAUAUCCGAUGAAAAAAAAUUCACAAUCGACUCCACAGAAGAAGAAUGUUAACGAUAAGAACAAGAAAAAAGUCGAUGGAAAAAAUGAUCAUGCUGAACAAAAUAUAGUGGGUGCAACCGAUUUAUAUGACGACAAAAUCACAUUCAACAUCAAAGCCAAGGACAGCGAUGAAUGUGAAAUUGUGCCAUCGAAAAUUGCGAAUUUGGCUUGUCCACAAUUGGUGAUUGAAUUUUAUCGAAAGCAUCUCGUUUUCACUGAUUUAUUUACCGUUAAGCGAGCCUAUUAA